UGUUCUUGCAACAUGGGCGAAAUGUGUGCUGAUCGGUUCGUUGCAUGCAGCAAUGGCGAUCGGCUUUUGUUCUUGGUGUUUUGCUACACCAGUCGUCAGUUGUUGGAGUGAGCUCACAGAGAAGUUGGAGAGUGUUUCGUUUUACGUUUGGAAGAUGUCGAUGAUCAGAGCUGCGAAAGUAAGCCGCGUAAAAAGGUCUCCAGUGUGGGCCUAUUUUGAUGAUAUAGGACGGACCGCUCGUUGUAAACUGUGUAGUCGUGAGUUUGUCCGCCAGAGCGGAACGACGAAUUUGUUUGCCCACUUGAGCUCUGCUCACAAGGAGCAACAUGCGGCUGCUGUUGGUGGAAAGCCACCAGUUUCCGCUGAGAACAAGCGGAUCGAUGUUCAAACGUGUGCUGAUACGAAGCCGAUCUCUAACUUCUUUGGCGGUGCGGCCAAUAUGCGAACGUGCAACUCCAGUCGUGCGGGACAUCUCACGGAACUGGUUAUCGACUGGAUAGUUGACUCGACGAGGCCCUUCUCCAUUGUCACUGACCCAGGAUUCAUCGAGCUAUUGAAGGUGCUCGAACCAGAGUUCAAGGUGCCUUCACGAACGCACUUCAGUAGUCUCAUCCUGAAGCGCCACAGAACGUGUAUGGAUGAAAUGAAGUCGUUGCUUGCGGAGGAGGGAGAUGCUGGAGUAGCCUUGACUACUGAUGGCUGGUCAUCAACAGCUACUCAGUCGUUUGUGACGCACACCGUCCAUUUUAUUAAUCGUCAGUGGGAAGUGGUGAGUGGCGUCCUGGAAACCAGUGUGUUUUCCGGCAGCCACACUGCUGUUAAGCUGGCGAAUUAUAGUGAGGAGGUGUGCCGCCGGUUUGAUCUGGACAACGUCGUGGCUGUGACGCAUGAUGAGGCAGCGAACAUGGCUUCUGCUGGUAGGUUGCUGCAGGACAGCAACGACUGGAUUUCGUGCAUCUGCAUGGCACACCGUCUGCAGACAGUUGUUCGUCAUGCCCUGGCCAUCAAGGAUGUCGCCAAGCUUCUGGCCAGAAGCCGUAAACUUGUUGGGCACUUCAAGCAUUCUUGCCUUGCUGCUGAGGCACUGUCGACCAAGCAGAAGCAGCUGAAGCCAGAACAACAGCCACUGAAGGUUGUACAAGAUGUUUCCACUCGGUGGAACUCCACGUUUUAUAUGUUGGAGCGUCUAGUGAAGCUUCGCGUCAGCCUCACUGCUGUGCUCUGUGAUGAGCAGAUCACUCCGAAACGCGACGACCGCGAUAUGCUCCUCAGGGACACCGAGUGGUCUUUGGCAGAACAUCUGAUCGACCUGCUUGGACCGUUCGAGAUUGCCACAACAGCUGUCGGUGCCCAACGCUAUGUGACGAUGUCUCUGCAACUUCCUAUUGCAGCACAGUUGUUUAUGGAGGUGUCCGCUUCAGACACCGGAUUGCCCAGAGCUGCCAAGAAUGUGGCCAAGAAGUUGAAGACGGAAAUGGUGCGCAAGUUUUCGGAGGUUGCGUCACCAUCGCCAACCUCAACUUUCACCUUGGCCUCCGCGCUCGACCCUAGGUUCCGGCAGUUGAGUUUCCUGGACACGGAGAAAUCCGCAGCAGCGCAGAAGGUUAUCCUCGACAAGCUGAAGGCACAGCAGCCAACAACCAAUGUCGAGCCUCCUGCAAAACGAGCGAAGCCGUCAGGUAGCUUGAGCCAGUUAUUCAAGUCUCGGCGGCAGGAAGCACCAGCUAACACCACCGGUCCACCCUCCUCUGCACAGCUGCAGAGAGAAGUGGACAUGUACUUCGAGGAAGCCGAAGUUGACGUGGAGGCGGAUCCACUAGUGUGGUGGAAACUCAAUUCCUCACGGUUUCCCAACAUCGCUGGUCUGGCGCGGAGAUUCCUGUGUAUACCUGGCACCUCCGUUCCAUCGGAACGCGUAUUCUCCGCUGCCGGAUUACUCGUGUCCAAGCUCAGGAAUGGACUGUGUGCCAAGCAUGUGGACGCAUCCAUCUUCCUUGGACGAAACAAGAUGCUCCCGAGUGCGCGGCACAGCACCAAUGGCUCUACUGACACAGCUUCCAAGUCGCUGCAGGAAGCUCUUGCCGCUGAAGAAGAAGAAGAGGACGAGCUUGCAAUGCCACCCUGUUCGAUCCUUGUUCCGGUGCCAGUGAGUGACGAGGAGGAUGCCGACGACAGCAGCAGCAGCGAUGUCUGCAUUGAAUCUGAUGACGACUGCUGAGCUUUUAAUGUGCAAACAGUAGUCAUGCAGCACUAUGCACAUAUCACACUUGAGAAUCUAUGAACUGCGAGCUGUACUGUGUAAUGUAUAUACCACAGAGAAAAUAUAAAAAAUAACAAUACUGCUCGUUUCAACUUUCAGUUGUUUGGGUUGUUUUGAGUUAUCACUUGAAGUACAAUGUGCAUUUGGCUAUUUGCUGGUGCUUAGUAUACCCGAGUUGAUAUUUAAAGGAUU